AUUAGUAAAGCUUGUGAUUGUCGCGAGUUCCUUAACUCCCCCCAGUCCAACUUUUUCGGCGCCCCAAACCUUCGUACACUUGCUGUCGCCGCUGAAAAUCCAAAAAGUUACCGACCUCACUCAUCACCUCCUUCCGAUACGUAACAUUUCUACUGGCAAACGGCCGUCUACCUCGAGUUUGCAUCUUCGUAGGUCGUGCCAAUAUCAAUUCUUGAUACAUUGUUCAUUUUAGAUACCCGUUCUGUUCAUUUGCCAUUGAACUUACGACUCGUUAAACGUCGUCGAGCCACCUGGCCAUCUCGAGGUCUUCAUACACGCGCCUCAUCUCCGACUACUCUUCCUCCUCCUCUACGAUUCUAUACCUUACGGUAACCCCCGGUGACGGCUCUCAGGCUACGACAACUGCUUCUCGGCACAUCUUCGACGUCCCUCAUUACCGCGGAGACUGAUUGUCCAUGGCUCAACGCUCUUACAACAGCCAAGGCUAUAUGCCCAACGGCGCUCCCAGUAGCCACCCGAACCCUGGCCAACCUGCGCCCGGUGCCGUUCCUCUCCUACCUAAUCAAGGCCGAGUAAUCCAGUCUGGGCCGAUUCGAGUUCUUUGCAUAGCCGACGUACGAGGUAAUCUGCGAUCUUUAAACGAACUUGCGAAGACAGCGCGAGCCGAUCAUAUUAUUCACACUGGAGACUUUGGCUUCUACGACGACACAUCUUUAGAGCGCAUUGCGGAGAAGACUUUGAAGCAUGUCGCUCAAUACUCGCCGUUGAUCUCCGAGGAAGUCAAGAAGGGUAUCAGUCAAGGCGGACCGGGCUCAGUUAAGGCGCGAUUCAACCCUCAGGAUCUACCCUUAUCCGAACUGCCUAUGCUCAUCAGCGGACAAAUCAGACUCGAGGUUCCGGUUUACACUGUUUGGGGUGCCUGCGAAGAUGUACGCGUGCUGGAGAAAUUCCGAUCUGGCGAGUACAAGGUACCGAACUUGCACAUUAUUGAUGAGGCUCGAUCCAUGCUCUUGGAAAUCGGCGGCGUCAAGCUCCGACUUCUUGGCCUCGGCGGUGCGGUCGUCAUGCACAAGCUGUUUGACAAUGGCGAAGGCCGAACUACUAUUGCAGGUGGACAAGGCACUAUGUGGACUACCCUGCUGCAGAUGGGCGAGCUGGUUGAUACUGCGAACCGUGUUUAUGACCCUACGGAGACUCGCAUCUUCAUUACGCACGCCUCUCCCGCUCGCGAAGGUAUACUGAAUCAGCUAUCAGUUAGCCUCAAGGCAGACUUUUCUAUUUCGGCCGGCCUACAUUUCCGAUAUGGUAGCUCUUAUAACGAAUUUAGCGUUAACCCAACCCUGGAUCACUACCGUGGUAAACUUGCCGCCUCUAAAGCCUCAUUCAGCGAUGUAUGGGAGACUGUCAAGGGCGAAGUUGAGCCGGCAAUCCAACAAAAUGAAGCCCAGCAGAAUUUGCUUAGGAACGCACUUGAGCUGGUUGACAAGAUGCCUAGAACCGCAGCUGGUGGAAACCCCUUUGGUGGCCCGGUCGGCGGUCCCGGCGCACAAGGUCAAGUUGAUGAAAGUGCAUUCAAGAACAUGUGGAAUUUCAACUUGGCAGACGCCGCAUUUGGUUGGUUAGCUCUGGAGAUUCAAGAUGGCCGCAUUGGUACGGAGAUGCGAGCACAGGGGUUCAACUUUUCGCACCGUGGGGCCAAGCAACAGACUGCGAUACCUCAGGGCACACCUUCACCGGCGGCUGGCGGCAGCGGUCUACCCCCCGCUGCUCCUGCGACUUCUGUGACGCCUGCACCUCCCGUCGCUGUUUCUCAAAGAAACGCCUCAGCUGGGGCGCAACCUUCAAAGCCUACCGCAGCUACGCCUCUCCAACCACCUAAGCCUGCCACGCCUAAGCCGACGUCCUCAUCCCCAGCUCCUAGCACGGCUGCUGGAAAGGAGAACGACAAGCCUGCAGGUGCUAAUGGAUCAACCAACGGACCGGAAACUGUACCAUCGCCGGCUCCUCGGGCUUCUGCGGAUAGCAUCAUCGGGCUCUUCGUUAUGAAUGUCCAAAGUGACGAGCAAACUCGGGAGAUAUUCCCUGACGAGCACAAGGUCAAGAUCUCCAAGAUCGAGAAAUGGGGAAACAAUAGCAACAAUAAGGUUGUUCAUUUCCACAGUAUCGAGGAUCGGGAGGCUGCUUACUCUAGUCUCGCCGACGAAUUCAAGGUCCGCCAUUCCGAGGACCGAUCGAGACCCCUAGUGAAGAUAUUCCAACCCCGCGAAUCCAAGCAGACAUUCGGCGGCCGAGGAGCAGGGACCUGGGGUAGUGGCCGAGGAAGAGAUAACGCAAGCGGAUACCGAAGCGCCGGUGACCGCGGUACUCUUAGCGGUGGUGAGAGCGGUCCCGAGACCGGUCGCCAACGUGGUGGUCGAGGUGGAGCGCGGGGAGGCCGAGGCGAGCGUGGCGGCCGGGGUGGCAGGGGCGGCCGUGGAGGAGUAGGCAAAGCUGAGGGCGGCAGCGCCUCCCCGGCUCCCGGUGGCGAUUCGUAGAGGAAUCGUCCGACGUAACGGUUUUACCCACUUUGUCACCUAUAUUCUACUAAUGACCUCGCGUAGCCGGGCGCGGGAUAACAAUUUUUUUGCUUGUAUUCUGGCACAUCCUUUCCGCGAAGCACAACUUUUCAGUCGUUAACCAGGUGGAGUUCAGAGAAUCUGUCGGCCUGCGAAGGGAAGAGUUUCGGAGUGAAAAGAAAAUACCAAGUGUCGUUUUCGUCAUAUUGAAAGGGGAAGGGGGAAGGGGGGAGUGAGACGAGGCCAGGGAUUUGAACGGUUGAACGGACGGAUGGACGGAUGUAUAUGGUUUGCACCGACGUAAAUCUGCCAACGUACUUUCGUACGAACGUUCUUCGUUUCUCUCUCGGUGACCUAACCUACUGAGAUGAAUAGUUUUUUUCUUCGCGCUGAUACUGAUGGCUAGCUCGUAUGAUGAUUCGAUCUAUGGAGCUUGUUCGUAGGGACGUACCCUGAACUUGCCCAGCCUAGUCCGGACUGAAACAGACCAGACAGGAUCGGAUUGGAUCGGACGUUGUUAUAGGCUUUUGCUAAUACAACCGAAUGAAUUGAA